UAAGUUUAUAGAGGGUAAUAUUAAAAUGAAUGUCAUAAAGAGAAAUAAAAAGGGAUUAAGAGAGAGAGAGAGAGAGAGAGAGAGAAAGGGACCUCUAAAAGAUUUAGCGCUGUGAAAGGCCAAUGCCAAAGCUGCCUCUGAUUUGCAGAGAGAAUCCAAAGGACAAGUAAUAGAGAAACAAAGAAACAAAGUAUUAGAAACUAAAGAACGCGAAGAACAGAAGCAGAGUGAUAUAGAAAGAGAGAUAUUGAAAAUUCCAAUCAAGUCCUUUCUCCUCCUCAUCUUCCUCCUCCUCUUCUUCUUCUUCUUCUUAUCCAAUCCGUUCUUGAAUUUGUCUGGAUUUUUGUUUCUUGGUACAGUAAAUGCAAAAAGGACUUGGACUCCUUUUGAUAUUGGGUUGAUUGAUUUAUAUUGCUUCAACUGGCCAAAUUACAGAGACAUGUUGGAGGGUAGGUCCUGUCUGGUUCCGAGGUUGUUUGGUAGCUCCUGCCAGCCAGAAUCUCAGUGGUCUUUCAUGCCUUUCCGGACCAGCGACAAGCACCCUCUCGACGGCUCUGAGGAUUAUCGACCUAUUAAGUACCGUAGACUAUCAGAUUCCCGUGAAACUACAGGUGAACAAUCUGAUGAUGAUAGAGCAGGGCAGUCUUCUGAUUCUGAUCCCCUUAUUGACGCCAUUGGCCGUGACAUGUCUAUCAACUGUCUCAUUCGCUGCUCUAGGUCUGAUUAUGGUUCUAUAGCUUCUCUCAACAAGAGUUUCAGGUCUUUAAUUAGGAGUGGUGAGUUAUAUAAACUCAGGCGGCAGAAGGGUGUUACUGAACAUUGGGUGUAUUUCUCUUGUCACUUGCUUGAAUGGGAGGCCUUUGAUCCCGUUCUCCGCAGGUGGAUGCAUUUGCCCAGGAUGCCUUCCAAUGAUUGUUUCAUGUGUUCGGAUAAGGAGUCAUUGGCUGUGGGCACUGAACUUCUUGUAUUUGGUAAGGAGGUGAUGUCCCAUGUUAUAUAUAGGUAUAGCAUUUUGACUAAUUCGUGGUCUACUGGGAUGGCUAUGAAUGCUCCCAGAUGCUUGUUUGGCUCUGCCAGUCGUGGGGAGAUAGCAAUUUUGGCUGGUGGUUGUGAUUCUCAGGGAAACAUCCUUAGCUCUGCAGAAAUGUAUAAUUCUGAGACUCAGAAAUUUGAGACUCUCCCGAGCAUGAAUAAGCCAAGGAAGAUGUGUUCAGCAGUGUUCAUGGAUGGAAAAUUUUAUGUUAUUGGGGGAAUUGGGGGAAGUGAUACAAAGCUUCUCACAUGUGGGGAAGAGUAUGAUUUAGAAACAAGGAAGUGGACUGAAAUUCCUAACAUGUCUCCUGGGCGGAGCGGGGCUGCCAGAGAAAUUGAGAUGCCUGCAGCUGCUGAGGCUCCCCCUCUGGUAGCUGUAGUAAAUGAUGAACUAUAUGCUGCUGUUGACAUGGAGGUGAAAAAAUAUGACAAGGAGAGAAAAGUAUGGCUUGUGGUGGGAACAUUGCCUGAGCGUGCAGUCUCCAUGAAUGGUUGGGGUCUCGCAUUCAGGGCAUGUGGAGAUCGGCUUAUUGUUAUUGGUGGACCUAGAACUCAUGGUGAAGGUUUUAUAGAGCUUAAUUCGUGGGUUCCGAGCGAAGGCCCUCCACAAUGGAUCAUGCUUGCGCAAAAGCACUCAGUUAACUUUGUCUAUAAUUGUGCUGUGAUGGGAUGCUGAGGAGUUGAUUAUGGAGGCACCAUCUGAGCUUUAAUGGUGCCUCUUGCUAAUCGGAUGUACAAGAUUAUUGGAUUGUCAUACAACACAGGUGUCUUGCUAAUGGUAAUUUCCCCCUUAUUUUCUUUUCUUUUCUUUUAAUAUCUUUUCCCUUUUGUUUGGGGGAUGGGGAAGAAGUUCAGAUUUUACUCAAGAUUCAAUAGAAUGUUUUCUUGGAAGGAAGUCUUGAGAAUUUUUUUUUCCUUCACAACUUUAUUUACAUUUUCUUUCAUUGGAUUUAUGUCUCCCCCAUUUUUAGUGACAUGAGAAAAUUGAAAGGUUGAUGUCAUGUAGCAAAGAAAUAGGUUUAAUAAUGUGAAGUACCAAUACAUUUGGUAGAUUGUCAUUAGAGUUCGCUGAA